AUGACAGGUCCUCUUAGCCUUACUCAAGCUGUUGACGCAACUAAACAAGCCAGUGGUCGUAGUCCUAUUGUCUUUCAAGGUGGCAGUCUCAAGGUCGGUGACACAGAUGGUAUCACGUUGUUUGAUUUGCUGUUUACUGAAAAAUACAGCAAGAAGAACCUAGAUCAAAUAGCCUUUGCCGAAGCAAGCAAUCCCAAGAAACAUAUUACAUAUCGACAGUUUAAAGAAGACGUUUUAAAGUGUGCAGCUGGUCUUCGAUAUGAGUAUGGUAUUCAACAUGGUGAUGUUGUCGCUCUCUGCUCUCCUAAUAGCUUGCAGUAUCCUGUAUUAUUCUUUGCAGUCAUUGCAGCAGGUGGUAUUGUUAGCUCAAUUCUUCAUACGACCAAUUCAUCUGAAGAAGAGAUAUAUCAAAACAUUUGUAGUUCCAAACCGAGACUCAUGAUCAUGCAUCAUUCCCUGAUGAAAGUCGCUCUUGACUAUCUUAAGAUAACAGGAAUGCCUGAGACAAGUAUCCUGAUGAUUACUCCGUGUGCUUGCAAUGAAUCUUGUGACUAUGCCCAUAGGCCCAUCGUAGAUACUACUCUUUUUUCAAGAGGAAGAUUGGAUCAACCCUACCCAUACACCAGACACGAUCUUGUCAAUACUCCCUGUUGCUUUUACUAUAGUUCAGGCACGACUGGUCAAAGCAAGGUCAUCAUGAUCACACAGAGCUCUCUUGUACACUGCUUCCUCAAUACGACAGAUCGAGCUAUUCCUUUAAAAGCUCUAGCUAUCUCUUUCGUUAGCUUUACCAGUAGCUUUGCUUAUUAUCUAAUUGGCGGCGUCUUCUUUGGGUUUACAACAUAUAUCGUUGAAGACUUUCAAACUUCAGCAGAGGAAAUAUGUAAGUUAAUCGAAGGCUUGGGUAUUAACUGUAUGAUCGUUCCUCCAUACAUCAUUUCAAUUCUAGUAAAACAACAAGAUAUAUGCCGCAACUAUGACCUUUCUUCACUGCUUCGGGUAGAUGUCUGUGGUGCCUUUAUUGAUACAAAUACUAUCAAUCGUGUAAGAGAAGAACUAGGAAUACUCAUUAUGAAUACAUACGGCAUGUCAGAAUGCUUUAGUAUAUUUCAAUCAUGCGUAGAAUAUACGCUUGCAGGAUCUACCGGCAGCUUACGUCCUGAGGUACUUGCUCGUAUUGUAGAUGAAGAUGGUAACGAUUUACCUAUCGAUCAUGAAGUUGAAUUACGUGUAAAGAGUCGUGCAAUGACCCUUGGCUACUACAACAACCCAGAAGAAUCAGCUGCACUAUUUGACGAACAGGGUUAUUUGAAAACGAGGGAUAUAUUCAAAGUAGACAAAAGCGGGCUCUUUUACUAUGUUUCUCGCAUGAAGGAAAUGAUCAAGUCUCGGUUCACUACUUUCUUUCCUCAAGAAAUUGAGCAAAUCCUCAUUCAGCACCCCUUAGUUAUCGACUGCGCAGUUAUUGGUAUCUAUUCCAAAGAAGAAAUGGCUGAAUUGCCCAAUGCGUAUGUUAUCUUGCGUGGCGUAGACAAAUACAACUUGUUGAAGGAGAUUCAAGAUUAUGUGAACUCUCAGCUUCCUGAAUAUAAAUGGCUCCAUGGCGUCUUUGAAGUGCAGAGUCUUCCAAGAACCGGGUCCGGUAAAGUACAACGCUUCAAGCUUCAAAGAAUGGCUGCAAGAAAUGAAAUAUAG